UCUUUCCCACAGGAUCCGCUCAGCCAUGCCUCCUGCCUUUCUCGUCCUCAGCCUCUAGGGGGCGGGUCCUGGAGCUCUACCCAAUCAACAGCGAUAUUUUGCAAACUGUCCAAUCAGGCGCGCCGCUGAGAGGGCGGGAAGCUCCACAAAACCAGGGGAUCUGCUCCUGCGGUGUGCACGGGGCGUCGCAUCUGCGGUGCUCUGAGAGGUGUGGCUGCGCUGCAGCCGCUUUCAAGGUGUGACCUGACUGACUCCAAAAGUCGUAGAGAGACCCAGGGACAACCCAGAAGCCGAAAAAUGGAGUCAGUGACCUUUGAGGAUGUGGCUGUGACCUUCACUCAAGGGGAGUGGGCUUUAUUGAAUCCUUCCCAGAAGAAUCUCUACAGAGACGUGAUGUGGGAAACCUUGAGGAACCUGUCCUUUGUAGGAAUAAAAUUGGAAGACCAGGACAGUGAAGAUCGAUACAAAAAUCCAGGGAGAAAUCUAAGAUGUUAUAUGGCAGAGAAACUCCAUGAAAGUAAAGAAGGGCAUCAAGGUAGAGAAACCUUGAGCCAGAUUCCAGAGCGUGUUCUGCACAAGAAAACUCCUUUAGUAAAAGCAUGUGAAAGCAGUGUGUGUGGAGAGAUCGCCAUGGGUCAUUCAUUUCACAUGAGAGAUCACACUGAACAUGAACCAAAUGAGUAUCAGGAAUUCACAGAGAAGCCAUAUACACGUAGCCAAUGUGAGAAAGCCUUCGGUGAUCACCACUCUUUCCCAAUACAUGAAAGUCCUCACACUCAUGCUAGAGAGAAACCCUAUGAUUGUAAGGAAUGUAGGAAAACCUUUAUUUCUCCCAAAACCCUUCGAAGACACAUGGCAACACACACUGGAGAUGGAUCUCAUAAAUGUAAGUUUUGUAGGAAAGGCUUUGCUUAUCCCAGUUUGUUACAUAUACAUGAAAGAAGUCACACUGGGGAGAAACCCUAUCAAUGCAAGCAAUGUGGUAAAGCCUUCAGGUAUUCCUAUUACAUUGAAAUACAUAAAAGAAUUCACACUGGAGAGAAACCCUAUACAUGUAAAAUAUGUGGUAAAGCCUUUAUUUAUCCUGUUCAAAGCCAUGAAAAGACUCACAAUAGAGAGAAUCUGUAUGAAUGUAAGCAAUGUGGGAAAGCAUUCUCUCUUAUGAGUUUGCGAAGACACAUGAUAAUGCACACUGGAGAGGGACGUUAUAAAUGUAAGGUAUGUGGGAAAGCCUUUGAUUACCCCAGUGAAGUUCGAAUACACGAAAGAAUACACACUGGAGAGAAACCCUAUCAGUGUAAGCAAUGUGGGAAGGCCUUCAGUUGUUCCAGUACUUUUCGAAAACAUGAACAAAUUCACACUGGAGAGAAACCCUAUAAAUGUACAAAAUGCGAGAAAGCCUUUGCUUUUCCCAGUUCAUUUCAUAGACAUGAAAGAAUUCACAUAGGAGAGAAAGCCUAUGAAUGUAAGCAAUGUGGUAAAACCUUCCGUCGUUCCGGUUCCUUUCGAAUACAUGAAAGAAAACAUACCGGAGAGAAGCUGUAG